CGGGUUAUCAAGAUGGCAGCGCCCUGUGAUGGCAGCACGGGGACUCCGCUUAGAUCCCCCGUAGGGACACCGGGGAAAGUCCGGGAGCUCAUCAACGAGGGGAUAGUGAACGAGGAUCGCUGCAGUGAGGGCAGGAAGGACAACAGUAUCUUAUCAGAUGAAAACCACAGCUUUGAUGCAUCAGCUGAUGUUGACACUUUGGAAGCCACAAGUAAAGAAGCAUUUUUCACCAGAGUGGAAUCCUUCUCUUCCCUGAAAUGGGCAGGGAAACCUUCAGCGUUAUGUCCUUUAGCGUGUGCCAAGUACGGAUGGUCAAAUGUCGAAUGUGACAUGCUGAAGUGUUGCAGCUGUAAUGCCUACCUGUGUGCCAGCCUGCAGAUAGCUUUGGACAUCAAUAAGUAUAAGCAGCGCUGUGUGGAGUUACAAGAAGAACUAAGAACCUCUCAUGAAAAGUUCUGCUAUUGGCCAGUCAGUCCCUGUCCAGAUAACUUCUGGGCUCUUCUAAUAUGUGAACCAUCCUCUGUGCUCAGUGACUUUAUUGAACGUUUUCAAAACCUUUGUCGCCUGGAGUUGCAGCUUCCAGCCCUCAGGCAGGAGGACUUAAAAACCAUGGACCUCAGUGAGGAAACUGUAAGUUUACUCCUGCGGUUGAUCGAGGAUGAACUGAAACCUGUAGAAGGAAGGGAGAAUUCUGCACAUGGCUUGCCCAGUGACUCUCUGCAAGUUCAAAUCUCUGCCUGUAUUCUAGCUCUUUGUGGAUGGAACAGCAGCCCUUCAUCUGGGUCUUUACCUCUGUCCAUCAUAAGCUGUCCCCGCUGUAUGAGGAAGGUUGGAUUGUGGAGCUUCCAGCAGCUGGAGUCCGUGGAUUUGGACAGUUCCUUUGGACCACCCAGUACUCCGGUAUCUCCAGGAGAGGGUCACAGUGACAGAACACCUUUGGGAGUGGUGUCUCCCAACAGAAGGGUUACUAGAAGCAAAGACCUUGAACAGAGUCCUAUGGCAGCUGCAACCCAGGCCCCCAGCGGAAGCUCAACAGGAUCAUCGGAAUCAGAUGCUGUGCGGAGUCGGCCAGUGACCCGUAGCAUGGGACAUGGAGAAAACUCAGGAAUUACAUCUGAAGUCCAGUCCAGUCCUCAACGUAAAGCCAAGCGACCUAGGCUCUGCUCUAGGAGCAGUAUAGAUUCUUCUCCCAAGGGCUGUUUUGAUCCCCUGAAUCAACACAGAAGUUGGUGUCCAUGGGUCACUGUGGGUUGUGCAGACAACAAAGGAGAUGCUGAGAACAAGGUGAAGGAAAAUGAAAAUGAGGCAAAGGAGAUUGGAUGGAAGGAGGUGCUACGAGUGCUACUAUCAGAGGGAAAAUCCAGGACACUGUCUGAUGGAGACUCUACAAAUGUGCAAGAGAAAUCUCGCAAAGUGUUCAGAAUAUUCAGACAGUGGCAGGCAAGUGCCUCCUCAUGAAGUCUGGAGGGUGACCAUUAUAUGAAGAUUUCCAGUUUCAUGUCCCACCACCAACCAAUUGGCUGACGUCAAAUAGAUGUGUGUGUACUAUGUAAAAGUAGACUCUGCUGGAAGCUUUCUGUACAAUGUGCUGUACUCUCAGAACAAAGUUAGGAUUUCUGUGUCUGUUGGGUCUGCAUGUUUGCAUUCAGGUAACAAUAGGUCACAGAUGUUUUAGGAAUGGCUCCCAGAUG